AUGGCUGCAGCCAACACUGUGCAGCAUUCUCAACAACCACAAUCAGCCCCCACAACAGCAGCAGAUAUCCCGCAACAAAAGAUUGUUGAGGAAGUUCAUGGACAAAUUUUUGAAGUUAGUCCUCGUUAUGUGAAUUUAUCUUAUAUUGGAGAAGGUGCUUAUGGAAUGGUUGUUUCUGCUCUUGACACAAUUACGCGGGAGCGUGUGGCAAUAAAGAAAAUUUCACCUUUUGAACACCAAACAUUCUGCCAGCGGACACUCCGGGAAAUAAAAAUUCUUUCUCGCUUCAAACACGAAAAUAUCAUUAAUAUACAAGCUAUAAUUCGGGCUCCCAGCAUUGAACAAAUGAAAGACAUAUAUAUUGUUCAAUGUUUGAUGGAAACAGAUUUAUAUAAGUUGCUUAAAACGCAACGCCUUUCGAAUGACCAUAUCUGUUAUUUUUUAUAUCAAAUUCUACGAGGCCUCAAAUACAUUCAUUCUGCCAAUGUUCUUCACAGAGACCUAAAGCCUAGCAAUCUUUUAUUAAAUACUACUUGUGAUCUCAAGAUUUGUGAUUUUGGACUUGCUCGAGUUUCUGAUCCUGAACAUGACCAUACUGGAUUUUUGACUGAAUAUGUGGCAACUAGAUGGUAUCGGGCGCCUGAAAUUAUGUUAAAUUCCAAAGGAUAUACAAAAUCAAUCGAUAUUUGGUCAGUUGGUUGUAUCCUUGCCGAAAUGUUGAAUAAUCGACCACUCUUUCCUGGGAAGCAUUAUUUGGACCAAUUGAAUUUAAUAUUAGCAGUUGUUGGCUCGCCGUCUCAAGAAGAUUUACAAUGUAUUAUUAAUGAAAAGGCUCGCGCUUACCUCCUAUCUCUACAACCGAAGGUCAAACAACAAUGGUCUCGACUAUAUCCCAGUGCUGACCCAAGAGCUUUAGACUUGCUUGAUAAAAUGUUGACAUUCAAUCCAAAUAAGCGAAUUGGUAUUGAGGAGGCUCUUGCACAUCCAUAUAUGGAACAAUACUACGACCCAAAUGACGAGCCGUCAUGUGAAGAGCCAUUCACAUUUGAAAUGGAAUUUGACGAUCUUCCACGCGAGAAGCUUAAAGAAUUGAUAUUUCACGAGACUGAAAAUUUUCAUCAUAACCAACUCGCCGCUAAUUCGUUCAAUGCUUCCGUAUUGCAGACAACGACCGAGACAAAGUAG